CAAAGCCGCGACAAUUUUUACGUCUUGCUAUAUACGUCGAUCCUCCUUUCUCUUUUUUUUUAUCCAUCUCUUAUUAACGUAAUAUUUCGAGAUUCUUUGGUUUUGUUUGUUUGUCCUUUUUUUCUCUCUCUCUCUUUUCUUUUUUUUUUUCCUUCUUCUUUGAUCGUCAAGCGUUUUUCGUCGAAAGGAUAGAACGAGAGAGAGAGAGAGAGAGAAAAAGAGAAAUAGAGAGAGAGAGAGAGAGAGAGAGAGAAAGAGAGAAAGACAAAGGAAAAUGAAACGACGAUUUGCCAGUGUCUUCAAAAUCGGACAAUAUUUAGUACUUAAAAUUCACGUCGAUCGAUUGAUUAUUAAUAAAAAAGUGUAAAAAAGAAAGGAGAAGAAGAAUAACAUUGAUCGAUCGUUAGUAAUAAAAAAAAAAUAAAAAAAAAUAAAAAAGAAAAAAAAUAAAAAAGAAAAAAGAUAAAGGAAUAGAGGAAAAAAUAAGUGAGAUAGUGUCGACGAGAUCAAAGGAAGGAUGCAACGUGAGACUUCAGAGGUGAUAAAAGUACAUUUUUGAUAAUAACAACAACGAUAAUAACAGGCGACAACAACAAAAACAACAACCAAGUGAUUAUCGUGAUCGUUCGAUUUAAAAAGUGUGUGACAGAAGUCAGUCAGUCAUGAAAGAUCCAGUUAAGCGAUUUUUCACGUUUCUUCUUAUUUUUUCUUGGACUCUGUUAUUAAGGAGGAUAUCGACUUCUUCAGCAUUAUAUUUUCCACAAUCAAAUUUAAUAUUGAGAUUACCAUAUUUGGCAAAUAAGGAUGUUGAUUUAAAUUCGAACGUAAAAUUAUUGACACUCAGGACACUUCGAAACGAUUCGACGAUACCGAAAGACGUGAAAUAUCGUAUUUCUGCUCAACGUGAAAGAUUUGCGAUCCUCGAUGAAAAGACCAAUACAAUUUGGUUACGAACUCUUCCGAAGAAUAACGUAUCCGAUGACAUUAUCGUUCAGGCGAAGGAAAAUGCCGGCGACGUCGACGUUCUGAAUAUAAAAGUACAAUCAUUACCAAUCAAGCAGAAUAAAAUAAAUUGUGCCGAUUACGUACAGGAUAUGUGUUUUUGGAAUUCCUCGCAAUACAGCAUUUAUGAGAAUCAACCUGUGACCAUGCUCGGUCAAUUUGGGCCAGAAGUUUAUACGGAUAUUUGUCCAAAUUUUCGUAUUAUCGAAUACAAAUUGUUGAAUGGAACAAAUUAUUUCCACGUGAUAAACAAUACGCUUUAUGCGAACUCAUCGUUGGAUCGCGAUGUCCUUGGUCCAGCAGGUGGUCCAGGACCACGUGUCAAUAUUCAAGUACGUUGUCUCGUUUAUGAGGAAAUUACUGGGAUGCAGUAUGCUUUGUUACGUAUUUUGGAAAUCGAUAUAUUGGAUCAGGAUGAUAAUCCUCCUAUAGCACAAAUGGAUACAGUCGUCGAGAUUACCCUACGUGAUUUUACUGCGGGCGAUAGACUGGAUGAGAAUAAUCUUAUGGUGAAGGACGCCGACGAGAUAAAAAGUAAUCGAUAUAUCGUUCGUAUUCUCGAGGAUAUUCAUAAUGCUCUGAACAUAACGUACGAUACGAUGCCGAUCGAACAUCCUAAACAUCCAGAGAAUCCUGUAUCAACUGCUAUAUACACUAGAAUUUAUGCGAAAACAACGCUCCUACCGAAAUCACCUUAUCGAGUUAUCCUUCAGGUUAAGGACGAAUCUCUUUUACCAGGACAUGGAGAAAAUUCGGUGAAUACCACGUUAUUGUUCGUCGGGCCACAACAUCGAACGACCACACCGACGGCCGCAUCGAUCCCUUUAAUACAUCCGAUCUAUCCAGAAAACGUCGUAAUUGCUCGUGUCUCGUCUCGAUACUUUCGUGUAGCACAACCGACGAAUAAAACCGAUCCAAGAAUAUCUUUUAGUAUACACGGAUCGAAGGCUUUCAAUGUUACCAAAAAGGAUGGUAUUGUACACGUGAUCAAUUCUACUCUACUUAAAACAUCACCGCCCAUCGUAUCUUUGAGAUUAGAAUGGCGAGUAGGAGAACAACCUGCCUCAUCGACAAUGAUACAAAUUAUUAUUAUCGACGUCCUACCACCGAAGUUGAAUAUUUGCAAUCAAAUCGAAGAAAUAGUUCAUUCCUGUGCCAAUGCUGAAUCUCGUCGUGACUGUGAAUUGAGCUGCGGAGUUGGUGGUGGUAAUCUCAACAAAGACACAUAUGUAGGACAAUGCAUAUGGCGUUCGAAUAACAAUAGUAUGACAACACAAAUGUCGGAACGUUAUGCAACAUGCUCACCGGAUUUAAACUUUUGUCCUGAUUACACGUGUGACGAAUUGGAACGGCUUGAUCAUCGUAUUUGUCCACAGGAUUGUACCAUAGAAUCCGAAGUCCAUUUUGCCGAAAUGAAUAAGGGUGGUCGUGGAAUAAGAAGCGGUUUGGGGAUGUGCUCGUGCAACGACAUGGUACAGUGCACCUGCGGCCUUGAAUCCUUUCGAAAGAUUAAUGGUGGUGGGGGUAAUCAACUUAUACCAACGAAUAAAGAGGGAAAUGGAAAAUUAAAGGACGACGAUAAAAAUAAAGGACCUGUGCUCAGUGCUCAAAAAGCAUCCAGUGAAUCCUGUGGACCAAUCUGUAUGAUAAGCGUCACAAGCGCGGCCAUCUUCGUUUUUGUUGUUAUCAUUGGUUUCCUUGCAACUUGGAGGUACAGGAUGACAAAGAAGGGUACUCGUCGAGAAUGCAAACACAGAGUGGAAGAUGGCUCCAAUGGUAUGGGAAUUUUACCAUCGGAUUACAUCGAUCGUGGUGACAGUCUUCCUAUUGGUCUUGACACCUUUGCCACUGUCAAUCGUCAUCUACUCCCUAAAACUUGUCCGCCGGAUCCAAAGUGGGAAUUCCCACGUUCUCGAUUAACGAUCGAACAAGUUCUCGGAGAGGGUGAAUUUGGACGAGUUUUACGAGCUAAAGCUAUCGACAUUGGUGGUUGGCUUGGACCAACUACGGUAGCUGUAAAAACAUUAAAAGAAGAUGCCUGUGCUUCCGAACUAGCCGAUCUACUCUCGGAGUAUCAACUAUUAAAAGAAGCUCAACAUCCUAACGUUAUUCGAUUACUCGGUGCUUGCACCUCACCUGGUGGUCCAGUUUAUCUCAUCAUCGAGUUCGCUGAAUUUGGCUCGUUAAGGAAUUACUUGAGACGCAGUCGACAUUUGGAAUCCGAAGGGAGAGUUCUUUGCUUGACGUCACUUCUUUCUGCAUCACCGAAUAACAUUAGAGAGGAAUUACAACAGGUCGAUACUUUGUCGAAUUAUACUAUAACUCCACGCGACAUUCUUUCGUUCGCUUGGCAGAUCAGUAAAGGGAUGGCAUAUCUCGCAGAUAUUAAGUUGGUACACAGAGAUUUGGCUGCUAGAAAUGUUUUACUGGCGACAGGUAAAGUCUGUAAAAUUUCGGAUUUCGGUCUGACCCGUGACGUUUACGAGGACGAUGCUUAUUUGAAACGAAGUAAAGGCCGAGUACCCGUUAAAUGGAUGGCACCGGAAUCAUUGGCAGAUCACGUUUAUACCAGUAAAUCUGACGUUUGGAGUUUCGGUGUGCUCCUUUGGGAAUUGGUCACUUUAGGAGCAUCACCGUAUCCAGGUGUAGACGUUCAUAAUCUUUACAAUCUUUUAAAGGCUGGUUAUCGUAUGGAAAAGCCAGCUAAUUGUUCUCAACAAUUAUAUAAAUUGAUGGUCUCAUGUUGGCACGAGGAACCUGGAAUGAGACCAUCUUUUAAAGAACUCACCUGUCACUGGGAACGCAUGUUAGAGGAUGGAGUAGAGUAUUUAGAUCUGAAUCCAAGGACCGUCCAUAAUCAGGCAUACUUUGCUUCUCUUCACGCAUUAGAUAGUCCAACCAGUUCAGGCGAUCAAGGUAUAGAAGAGGCCAAGGUUAAUAUCUUAAGGACAGAUACGGUUAAUUACCUCAGUAAACCAUCGUCGGAACCUGUGACGAAGUGCGAUAAAGUAGACAAACUUCAUGCAUUUUGGCAGGAACCAAUAGCUUCAUUUCCAAGCGAAACAGUAAAAUCACCUUAUGUCAAUGAUCGUCCACCUAGCUUGAACAUCAAUCAUUACGAAAGUCCAAUUAAAUUAAGGAAUACAAGUGUUACUAGUAAUAGCGAGAAUGAUCUUAAAACACCACCGAAUGAACGGCCACAGUCUUAUAUAGAUAUGCAAGGAAAGAAAACGAAAGAAACGGAUGAUUUAUUGUUGUUCGGCAGUUUGGAAAGCAAGGAAGACAACGAUAGAACUGAUUGAGGAUUUUGAUGAGAAAGAAGAAGAAAAAAAAAAAAAAAAAAAAAAAAAGAAAAAAAAAGAAGACGAAGAAGAAA